UUUUUUACUUUUUUUUUAACGGGAACUUCUUCAUGUGUAUAGGUUACAAUAAUCACCAAAUCGAAAUCGAAGAGACCGAUUUUUUUUAAACGGUGAACUCCACAAAUUGAUAAACUGAUUCCACUGUUUUGAAUUACUUCCCCCAUCCAUCCAACAUACAAACCUGGAGGUUUAUUCGAAUUACCCUUGUCACAUUCCGUUUACCUAAGCAUUUUAGGACUUCAUGCGUGUUAAUGCAACCAAUAUCACAGUGAACACAUAUAUGUUCCGGCGACCACUCAUCGGAAACCACCGACCUCCGUCGUCACACUCCACCAUCCGGCCAGCUCACACCCAACCACACUUAUCUCUACUCGCAGACAAAUGCAGUUCCAUGCGUCAACUUCUACAAAUUCACGCUCAAAUGCUCGUCACUGCCACCAUCCACGACAACUUCGCCGCUAGCCGUUUACUCUCCUUCUCCGCUCUUUCCCCUCACGGCGAUUUAAAUUAUGCUUCCAAAUUGUUAAACAGUGUUCAACAACCAAACAUGUUUAUGUGGAACACCCUCAUCAGAGGCUUAGCGAUCAGCCCUAAUCCACAUGAAGCAGUGUUCUUGUAUGUUAAUAUGCGUAGAAUAGGUGUUACACCGGGAAAACACACGUUCCCUUUUGUUCUGAAAGCGUGUUCGGGUUUACGAUCGGUUGAAUUGUGUAAACAAGUGCAUUCACAGGUUGUGAAAGUUGGAUUAGACUUGGAUUUUCAUGUUGUGAAUAAUUUGAUAAGAGGGUACUCUGUUUCUUCUGGUUUGGUACUUGCCCGCCAAGUGUUUGAUGAAAUGCCUGAUAAAAAUGUUAAUGUUUGGACGACGAUGGUGUGUGGGUACGCUCAGAAUGAUCGCACAGUAGAAGCGUUGGAUCUGUUUAACCAGAUGGUUGCUGAAGGAUUUGAGCCGAAUGGUCCAAGUUUGUCGUCUGUGUUGUCGGCUUGUGCGCAAUCCGGGUGUUUGGAUAUGGGAGAAAAGAUCCAUAGAUACAUAAUGGAAAAAGGGUUAGGUACCGAGGUUAUUCUCGGUACUGCUUUGGUAAACAUGUAUGCCAAGAAUGGAGCACUUGUUAUGGCUAGAACUUGCUUUGAUAACAUGCCGCAAAAGAACAUUAUAACUUGGAAUGUAAUGAUUUCGGGGUUAGCAGUUCAUGGGCAUGCAAAAGAAGCACUUGAUGUCUUUCAGGUAUUAGAGAAAUAUAACGUGAUGCCAAACGAUAGCACAUUUGUUGGAGUUUUAUCUGCUUGUUGUCAUGCCGGAAUGCUUGAUUUUGGCCGGAAAAUAUUCAACUCAAUGAGGAGUGUUUACGGAAUUGAGCCCAAAAUACAACAUUACGGGUGCAUGGUUGACCUUUUAGGUCGAGGUGGGAUGUUAUCGGAGGCUGAAGAGUUGAUAAAUAGAAUGCCAUGGAAAGCUGAUUUGAAGAUUUUGGGAGCUCUGUUGAGUGCUUGUGGGAGUUAUGGAAAUAUUGAGGUUGCAGAAAGAGCGGUGAAGAAGAUGCUUGUGUUGGAACAUGAUAAUCAUGGAGUUUAUGUUGUUUUGUCGAAUAUGUACGCAGAUGCGGGUCGAUGGGAUGAUGUUUCGAGGUUGAGGGAGAUUAUGAAAGAUGGGAGUUUAAAAAAAACUCCAGGAUGGAGUCUUGUUGGUGAUAAGGAUGAAUUAAAUUAGAAUGCAAGAGUGGAAAGUUUAUGCUCAUUUAUAGUAGCUCUUGAAAAAAAAAUAUAUUUUUUUGGAAAGAACUCAAAAUAAUAAUUCCUCUUACGACUAGCAAAAACCAGUAUGACAACUGAGGAGGCAUAGACGAAUGCUUUGGUACUCACCAUAAGAACCAGAGGAGGUAUCUACGAGGCGAUUGAUGGACGUAUCUGUAUGCUCGACCUAUGCACACGUCCUUUGUUUGUUAUGUCUUUGUUGGCGGGCAGUAGUAUUCAUGGAGUUGGUCUUAUUCUCAAUUAUCUUGGUUAGUGGUAGUAGUAGACUAGUUAAUUGUGUCGUGAUUUUCUUGUAAGUCUGUAAAUAAUAGGGCUUGUUUAUACUAGUAGUGGGUUAUUGUCUUGGUAUGUUUGAAGGGAAUGAAUGAUAUGAUAGACUGCUUCUUUUUGUCCCAA